AGGGGGCGGUGCAGGCCGCCCGGCGCUCCCUAGCUGCCCGAGAGCGGCGGCGCGGGCGAGCCGGCGGGGCGGGCCUGGCGGCGAGCAUGGACCGGUUCGUGUGGACCAGCGGCCUUCUGGAGAUCCACGAGACCCUGGUGAUCCAGCAGCGCGGGGUGCGCAUCUACGACGGCGAGGAGAAGAUAAAAUUUGAUGCUGGGACCCUCCUUCUUAGUACACAUCGACUAAUUUGGAGAGAUCAGAGAAAUCAUGAAUGCUGCAUGGCUAUUCCUCUUUCUCAAAUUGUGUUCAUUGAAGAACAGGCAGCUGGAAUUGGGAAAAGUGCUAAAAUAGUGGUUCAUCUUCACCCUGCUCCUCCUAACAAAGAGCUUGGUCCAUUACAGAGUAGUAAGAACUCCUACAUUAAACUCUCCUUCAAAGAACAUGGCCAGAUUGAGUUUUACAGGCGUUUAUCAGAGGAAAUGACACAGAGAAGAUGGGAGAAUAUGCCAGUUUCCCAGUCAUUCCAAACAAAUAGAGGACCACAGCCAGGAAGAAUAAGGGCUGUAGGAAUUGUAGGUAUUGAAAGGAAACUGGAAGAAAAAAGAAAAGAAACAGACAAAAACAUUUCUGAGGCCUUUGAAGACCUCAGCAAGCUAAUGGUCAAGGCUAAAGAAAUGGUGGAGUUAUCAAAAUCAAUUGCUAAUAAGAUUAAAGACAAGCAAGGUGACAUCACAGAAGAUGAGACCAUCAGGUUUAAAUCCUAUUUGCUGAGCAUGGGAAUAGCUAACCCAGUUACCAGGGAAACCUACGGCUCAGGCACACAGUACCACAUGCAGCUGGCUAAACAGCUGGCUGGAAUAUUGCAGGCCCCUUUAGAGUUGCUCUCACCAGAAGAUUUAGUGAAUGCAUGCAAGAUGCUGGAAGCUCUGAAAUUACCUCUCAGGCUCCGAGUUUUUGACAGUGGCGUCAUGGUAAUUGAGCUGCAGUCCCACAAGGAAGAGGAAAUGGUGGCCUCAGCCUUGGAGACAGUUUCAGAAAAGGGAUCCCUAACAUCAGAAGAGUUUGCCAAGCUUGUGGGAAUGUCUGUCCUGCUAGCUAAAGAAAGGUUGCUACUUGCAGAGAAGAUGGGCCAUCUUUGCCGAGACGACUCAGUGGAAGGCUUGCGGUUUUACCCAAAUUUAUUUAUGACACAGAGCUAAGGUUUUUUUGUAUUUGAAAUACUUCUUAUCCAUGUACUUGCAUCAUGUAGAGGUUGUAUGAUGCUGAGCUAAGGGUAAACUCUGAUAAACUGAGAAUUUGCUGGAACUGUAAAACCCUUUUAAUUUCUUCCUAAUAUGAUGGGAUAGGAAGUUGAUUUAGGACGAAUAUAGGAAAAUACAGAAAAAUGAAUGCCAAUGUGAAUUUAAAAUCAUGCUACACUUGUAUAGAACCCUCAUAGUUUAACUUGAAAUAUAGUGGAUUUUAACUUGAUCAUCAAAUCUAACUAUUUAGUUCAUGGGGGAAGAAAAAGAGAAGCUGCAUGUUAGACAGGUUAGUUCGUUAUUUUGGUGUGACUGAAAUUCACUGAAUUAUACAUAAGUGAAGUUUUUGUCCAGUCUGGGGGGUUUUCAUGAAGCAAGUCCCACAUUCAGUGUAGUUUAAGAACCUGACAACAUUGGAACAAAAUAUCAAACUGCGGAGGCUCCUUCUAAGGGCUUUUAUUAGAAACAGUCAUAACAUGUCUCCAACAGACAAAUAAAGCACCUUAAAAAAGGAGAGAAUUGUAUCUGACUCACGUAUAUAUUACCUAACUAGUUUUUUUUUUAAGUGAUGAUUUCAUGCCUGACAUUUAAAGAAUGCAACUAUGUCAUUUUGUUUAAAAAAUGCUGUGGAUCUUGAAACUGAAUUAAAGAGCUGUACAGACAUGCCCAGAGAUAUGAUUACAAAUUUGGGAAGUAGAUGGCUCAGGAACAUAAAAGUGGAAAAAUAAUAUGUCUCCUUUUCUUUCCCUUAAGGAGUUUCACACUGAACUUUAAAAAUCUGCCCUAUCAUAUUCUAGCAAUAUUUGUUCUUUACAUGAUAAGUUGUGUGGAGGAACUUUCCUGCUAAAAAGUAUUACUGAGGUAGCAAAAACUGGAUAAUGCUGAGUUUAGAUUGCUUGAGUGUUAAAGUGGACUCCCUGACUUUAUAUGUUCCAGCUGUAUAGCAUACAAUAUGCUGGGAUUACCUCAAACUCAGGGACCAGCAGGCACAGAGGAGUCCCUCAUUCUGAGACUGAGUCAGAAGUGGAAGGCAGUGAUGAUUUUCGCCCAAGCAUCCAGAGGGGAUAGUAUCUGUGUUGAGGGAACCAUUGAGAGCAGGAGGAGGCCAUACCCAGGUUCACACUCUCAGAUGUUCUCAGUGAGGUGAGUGCUGCUGCCAGAGGCUGCUACAGGUGCCGGGAUCCUCAGCUGCAGACCCAGGGAAUCCCUCCAAGUGCAGCCAGAGUCCGUCCCUGAUUCCUCCCAGAAAAGUGGCUGUUGCUGCUUCACAUCCUCCAGUGUCUUGGGAAUGUUGUGCCCGAGGCAUCCUUCCUUACUCUUCAUUUUCCAAGUGUGUCACUGAUUCUAAAUUGUGAUGACAUAUCCCCUAAUUCCUUCACUGCUCAGCCUCAGGUUUGUUUUGGGGGAAAUUCAGUGUCUGGCUGCCCAAGUCUUUGAGGCCAUUGUGUAAGCUUGUUUGUACAUCACUCCUCUCUGGGCUGCACAGCUAAGAUCCAGCUCUACUGGGAUCUAGCUCUAAUGCUGUGGAUUCAUUACAGCAAACUCCCAUAAUUCAGCAUAUUUAUUUACAUUAGUGUGACAACACGUUAACAAAAAUGGAGCAAUCUGAAUUGUAUACAGUGAACUAAAGAGGCAGUAAAGUGACAUAUGAAUGUAUUUUGCCCAAAAAACCCCAAAACCAAACCAAAUGUGAUUGCCUUCACUGUUUUUAUUAUUAUUAUUUUUUGUUAAUCUUUAUAUGAGGAUAUAUUUUCCAUUGAUUUUUUUUUUUUCUUUUUUAGAGAGAGUGGAAGGGAGACAGGGUUGGGGGGAUGGGGUGGAGAGACCGAGAGAUAGAGACAUUGACUGGUUUUCUCCCACAUGAGCCCUGAGCAGUCCGGGGAUUGAACCUAGGACCCUUUGGUGUGUGGGCCGACGCUCUUAAUCACUGAGCCAAACCAGCCAGGGCAGCAUUGUUUUAUUCUUCACGUGGGCAUUCUUCACAUUUUCCACACCUCAGUAUAUAUUUUUUUAUCUUUUUCUUUUUUUUGUCAAAUAAGGUGUUAUUUUGGUCCUCCAUUAGUAGAGGUUAUGUUUAAAUACAACCAAUCAGGUCCUAAGUGCAAAAAAGUUCUGUCUUGGUGCUUAUCACUGGUACAAUUAUUGUUUUUGCUUUCCUAACUUUGCUCUUAGGAGCAUUAAUCUGUUGGUAGCUUUAUGGUAAUGGAAUAUUUCUAGACACAUACUGUCCAAAAUUUUUUUAUAUUGUACGAGUAGAUUGUUUUUGGGGUUAAAUGAUUGGUAUUAAUGUAUAUGAAGUUAUUGCAAAAUUAAAAAUGGUUUUUCUUAACUUGGUGUCUUUUAAAUACUCUUUGGAAAAUAUAUGAAAAUCAUAAACCUUUAAUCGGAAUAAGCUGGUAUGUUAUAAUUUGUUCUUUUAGGUUUGUAAUCAAGAGUUGAUUAUAAUUAUUUUUUACCUCAAGCUCUUACUAUUUUAGUUGUUUUAUAAGAAUGGAAAAUGGCUCAUGAACUUUUUAAAAAAAAUUCUUGAUGUGAAUUCCACCGUUGAUUGACCAGGUGUAUUCAUGUGAAUGUACUGUAUCUUAUUCGCUGUCAUCAGACUAAUAUGACCAAAUGUGGAUUCAUCAUGUCAUUAUUCUCAUAUUCAUCUGCUUAAAAUGAUUCUCCUUUGCCCAACAAUCUGAGUUUUCAUCUUGGAGCAGUAGAGUCACAACUUACAGGGUGGUUAAAUUUUAAAGACUGUGCCUAAGUAUGAAAUCGAACAUGCUCAAAAUGAUCCUUGAAAAUCUCUUAAAUGCCAAUAAAGUUCUACAUAGAGUCUUA